GCAACGGUUCUCGGCUCCUGAGCGCGUGCUGCUCCUUUUUUGGGGUGCAUUGCCUGCAAUUUACGCGACUCGCGCGAUUAUCCUGACGUGAUUUUUUUACGCCAAUGCAGUUGGGCAAUUUGAAUGCCGAAUAAACGCCACUUAAGUCCUGAAUACCUGGCGAGUCGAAAAGGAUAAAGGCAUAAACAGGCCAUAACAAUGCACUCAAACUUGUGGAUAUUUAUUUGGCGCCGCAAACUUUCCUUCCUGCUGGUCGUGUCUGGCCUGGUACUUUUCGGCCUUUGGACAUGGGCCAUAUUAAUCGAUACAACAGCCCCCCAGCCAUCUGGUCCCUUUUCCAGCACUGAACGACUGCAGCAGCAGCAGCAACAGGAACAGGCCACUGGUUACCAGCAGGUACACAUCAUCCAGAAGCUGAUUGCACAGGCCAAUAGAGUACUCCGUGCCGAGCGGCUUAAGGAUAACGCCGCCGAAAAGGUACUGUCGCCCGUCCAACGCUUGGGGAACGUGCGAUUCUUGCGACCCACGCAGGCCAAGAAGGCUCCCCUUCCUAUAUCCGAGAGCUAUCUGUUCGAACAGGAACGCCUCAAGAUACUUGAGCAGCAGCAGCGCCAGCGGAACGCCGGUAUGGAGGAGCUUAACGCCAAUGCCGAGGACGAGCGGAUGCUUAGCUCGGCGGAGCGCCAGACGCAGUAUGAGCACGAGUUGCAGCGCAUGGGAGUGCCGGUGGUGGCUGGCAUUGGGCCAGACGGUCCACGUGCCCCUGCCGAGCGCCUUGUCCACCUGGACCUCAAGGGUGCUCCGCCAAAGAUAAGUUUCCUAAAGCAACUGCUGCCCAUGCUGCGGGCCCUGGGAGCCACGGGUCUGCUCAUCGAGUAUGAGGAUAUGUUUCCGUACAGCGGAGCACUCCAGCCUCUGGCAGCGCAUAACGCUUACAAGGAAGAUGAACUUAGGGACUUCCUGGAGUGCGCUGCUCUACACGGUCUAAGUGUAAUGCCUCUUGUCCAAACCUUUGGUCACAUGGAGUACGUUUUGAAGUUGUCCGGGUUCGAGCAACUCCGCGAGUUGGCCGAGAGCCCUCAGUCGAUAUGCCCAAGCCAGCCGCAGAGCAUGGCGUUGCUGGAGCAGAUGCUCACCCAAGUGAUCGAGCUGCAUCUUCAGUGUCUGGGACAUGCGACACAAUCGUCCGCCGUGCCUUUGGCACCCAUCCGUUUCACCCACAUCCACAUCGGUUGCGACGAGGUACAGCGCAUGGGUGAGUGCUCCACCUGCCGCCAGCGACUGCGCAGUGAGCUCUUCCUCUCGCAUGUGGUAAGCCUGGCGCACUUCAUCCGCCGCCAGUGGCCUCAGUUGGGGGUGGUUAUCUGGGAUGACCAGCUUCGCUCAAUGUCCCUCAGCGAGCUGCAGCACUCGCAGGUGGGCAGCUAUGUGGAGCCCAUGGUAUGGGUAUAUGCCAGCGAUAUCUACCACUUUAUCCAGCCGCAGCUGUGGGAUACCUAUGCCAAGGUCUUCCCCAGCGCCUGGACGGCCUCGGCCUUCAAGGGAGCCUUCGGGGAGAGCUUGUUGGUGCCACCCCUGCAGCAUCAUCUGGAGAACAACAUUCGCUGGCUCGCAGUAAUAGCCAAGGAGGGCGGCCGGUUUGCCAGAGGGCUGCGAGGUCUAGCACUGACAGGAUGGCAGCGAUACGAUCACUUCGCUGUACUCUGCGAACUCCUCCCUGUAGGCAUUCCCAGCCUGAUGACGUCGCUGUCCACUGUCGCCAAGGGCUACUUCAGCACGAAUCCUCGUGACAAUGAGUUGCUGAGAGUGCUGCAGUGCGUCUUUCAGCCAGACAGCCGGCGGUCAGGUCGCCCCUGGCUAGAGCUGCAUCCCAAUGCCCACCACAGCCAGUUGUUUGCCGUGUGCAGUUAUCCGGGCCACAUGGUCUUUAAGUACGCCCUGCGACUGUUCGACAAGCUGGCCGAGAUCGGGAUCUAUCUGCAGCAGACGCGCGAUCAAAGCGCCUGGCUCUCCGACUACAAUGUCCGGCACAACUUCAGUUCGCCGCUAAGGGUGCGGGAGUUGACCGCCCGGACCCCGAUGCUGAUCGAGGAGCUGCGGGCUAUGGCCCGAGAGGCACAGCAGCUGCUGUGGGAGGUGUAUGACGAGUACACGGUGACAGAGUUUGUGGAGCAACACAUUUACCCCACCAUUGCGGCGUUGCAGCGGCAGCUGGCCAUUGGGGAGACGCUUCUUCAGAGGCGUACCUGGCCGCAAAGGCCGCUUCCGCUGGCUUUGAAGCUGCAAGAGGACAUGGGACUGUUGACGAAUCAGCAGCAACAGCAGCAGUAAAGAAGAUGAGCUGCUUGAUUGAUCUGAUUGGACAGAGCCUGGGCGUGACUUCUUUUGAUUGCAUGUACUUUAAUGGUACACGCCGGCUUGGCAUUCAAGUCUGGAGUCUUUAUUUACUCGCAUAGUGAUGGCGUUUGAAACGCCCAACAUCAGGAGUGUUAACAGCACGAGCGGCACUUCCCGAGAUCCAUGAUGCAUUGCAUUUUCAGCAUGUAAUACUAACAUCAAAUGUUCAUUUUUUCUAGAGUACUUUGUAAGAAGCGCAACUAUACAAGCCAAGAAUAAACUAAUUAAUCAA